AUGUGCUGUGCGGGCAUCACGAAUUACCUAUUCCACAAACUGAGGAAGUACACAUGCGGACUCGCCGGCCGCGAAAGCGACGCCGAUAUGUCGCUAAAGCAGGGCAGCGGCACCGGCAAGGUCCACUUCGGUGGUCUGGACGAUGUGUCAUUAUACGGGACGCCUGUGGAGCCCGCACCCCCAGCCCCAGACGCCAAGCAGGGCUUCCUGCGCAACCAGUUGCAAGCACUGUUCCAGCCAACCGACAACAAGCUCGCGAUGAAACUCUUCGGCUCGAAAAAGGCGUUGAUGAAGGAGCGGAUCAGACAGAAGGCGGCGGGACAUUGGGUCAUUCAUCCGUGUAGCAGUUUCAGGUUCUACUGGGAUCUAUGUAUGUUACUGCUACUGGUUGCUAACCUGAUCAUUCUGCCCGUUGCCAUCUCCUUCUUCAACGACGACCUCAGCACGCGUUGGAUAGCCUUCAACUGCCUAUCUGACACCAUAUUCCUUAUAGAUAUUGUUGUUAAUUUUAGAACAGGAAUAAUGCAGCAAGAUAAUGCGGAACAAGUGAUAUUAGAUCCCAAGUUAAUAGCAAAGCAUUAUUUGAGGACGUGGUUCUUCCUAGACCUCAUCUCUAGUAUACCACUAGAUUAUAUUUUCUUGAUCUUCAAUCAGGAUUUUAGUGAAAGUUUCCAAUUACUUCACGCGGGUCGCGCACUAAGAAUACUUCGGUUAGCCAAGCUGCUGUCACUGGUGCGGUUGCUGCGACUCUCAAGACUCGUCCGAUAUGUGUCGCAAUGGGAGGAAGUAUAUUUCCUCAACAUGGCGUCAGUGUUCAUGCGGAUAUUCAAUCUGAUCUGCAUGAUGCUGCUUAUCGGCCACUGGUCGGGAUGUCUGCAGUUCCUUGUUCCGAUGCUGCAAGGCUUCCCGCCAAACUCUUGGGUCGCUAUUAAUGAACUACAGGAAGCCUUCUGGUUGGAACAAUAUUCCUGGGCGCUCUUCAAAGCCAUGUCUCAUAUGUUGUGCAUCGGCUAUGGCCGCUUCCCACCUCAAUCCCUCACCGAUAUGUGGCUUACGAUGCUUUCCAUGAUCUCCGGUGCCACCUGCUAUGCACUCUUCCUUGGACACGCGACCAACCUCAUCCAGAGUCUUGAUUCCUCCCGAAGACAAUACCGCGAAAAGAGACUAGACGUCAAACAAGUGGAGGAAUAUAUGGCGUAUAGGAAGCUGCCUCGUGAAAUGCGCCAACGCAUCACCGAGUACUUCGAACACCGAUACCAGGGCAAAUUCUUCGACGAGGAACUAAUCCUGGGUGAACUGAGCGAGAAGCUACGAGAGGACGUCAUAAACUACAACUGUCGAUCGCUCGUUGCCUCGGUACCGUUCUUUGCUAACGCCGAUUCCAACUUUGUUUCGGAUGUCGUCACCAAGCUACGCUACGAAGUCUUCCAACCCGGCGACAUAAUAAUUAAGGAGGGAACCAUAGGAAACAAAAUGUACUUCAUCCAAGAGGGCAUCGUGGACAUUGUGAUGGCGAAUGGGGAGGUCGCUACGAGCCUGUCCGACGGCUCCUACUUCGGCGAGAUCUGCCUGUUGACCAACGCGCGCCGAGUCGCCUCCGUCCGCGCUGAAACCUACUGCAACCUGUUCUCUCUCUCAGUGGACCACUUCAACGCGGUGCUCGACCAAUAUCCGCUGAUGCGGCGAACGAUGGAGAGCGUGGCCGCCGAGCGGCUGAACAAGAUAGGCAAGAACCCGAACCUCGUGGCGCAUCGCGAGGACGACACAACGUCGGAGGGGAACACGAUCAACGCCGUGGUCAACGCGCUGGCAGCGGAGGCGGAGCACGUGAGCUUAUCGGAUGACAGCGUGGCGCGUCUAUCAGAGCGCUCGCUGGGGCUCGCCCUGCAACCCCUCCAGGCCGCCUCGUGCCGUAUGGCGGGCGUGGCGUUGCCGGGCCUGGGCGUGGCCGCGGCGCUCCCCCGGCCCAAGUCCGAGCACGACUUCAGCUCGGCGCAGGCCCAGCAGCCGCCGCUAGCCGCCACCGCCGCCUUCCACAAAUCGGACGCCGGCAUAGCGCCC